AUGAGCCCAAUCGCAGAAACAGAGGCCCACGUACUACUUACAUCUGGUGCGGCCUUAUUCGCCGCAGGCUAUAUCAUGAGUUCUGGUAAUCUAUUCCCUCUGGUGCUGCCGGCGGUAUAUAGUAGCGCCACAAAUAAAAAUGUCGAGGCUGCCAAAAUAUGCCUUCGGGGUGGUAUGCUCAUCGGUCAAUUAAUCUUUGGGGUUGUAGGCGACUUGUAUGGCCGAACGAGGGCCUACAGCUUAACCCUUAUGGUCAUAUUGGCCAGCACCCUCUUUAUUACCUUUUUGGGUGACGGACCCGGUUUAAGGAUUACCACCAGUUUGGCGGUAAUGCAAAGCCUUCAGGGUGUCGGGAUCGGUGGCAUAUAUCCGUCAGCUAUACUGACGGUGGCGGAAUACGCUUCGACCAAUAAAAGACCGAUAAUGCUGGCCGCCAUUUUCCUUUUGUACAUAUGCGGUUCUUGCACCGCGCUGGCAGUUGAGGCUAUAUCGGCCAAGUCAGAUCAAAUUGAUAGCAUAUGGCGCUUUGUCGUUGGCCUUGGGCUCAUACCCACGGUUGUUGCUCUUGGCCUUUUACGACUAUGGAAAAUUCCCGAAGCAAACCACAGACACUACGAGGGAAUAUUCUUAUGGACUAAGGGAUUUGUCAAUUACCUGCGUAAAAAUUUCGUAACAUAUGUUGCGAUCUGUGGCGCUUGGUUCGUGGUAGAUGCGAGCGCCUAUGGUUAUCGCUCAGAUAUACGUCUGAGCGAUAUAAACCUUAGUCGGAAUAUUACUGAUGUGAAUGGAGUGUUGCCGCAAGUUGCCAUUGAUGAUGUCCUUCGCGUGUCCUGUGGUUCCCUAUUGGGGGCCUUGGCCACCCUGAUAUUUAUCUCGUAUUUACCGCGAAGAGUCAUAAUGGCUCUUGGAUUUGCUGCGUCGGCCAUUUUGUUUAUCGCGUUUGGAUACUUCUCGGGCCCGGGGGUGGGAUACAUUACCUAUCUGACUCUUUCUACGGUGAUAAUGUUUGCCCAGAAUUUUGGGCCUAAUGCACUUACUUUUAUCGUUGCUGCGGAGCUAUGGUGCACACAAUACCGUUCGACUUCUUAUGGUAUUGCAUCAGCUUGUGGCAGGCUGGGCACCAUUGCGAGCUACACAAUUUUCCGGUGGCUCACGAUCGACGCCGACAAGACUUUUAUAGGCCCGCUUAGUCUUGCCAUCCUUAUGGUGUUGGGUCUCGGGUUUACCUGGUUUUUGCCUGAAACUAGAGGCAAAGAUUUAGAUGUCCCCUCACGGAUCCCUGCGGCUGUUCACACCCUUGCUCUUUUCUUUGAUAUAAUUGCCCGACAUUGUCUGAACUGCUCAAGCAUAGUUUCUGCCGAUGAAGAAUCACGACGAAUGUUUGCAUUUAUCAGACGUUUCAGAAAACUUUUGGACGUGGACAUUAAGCUAAACGUGCGCAAACGUCAAGAAUUGAAUACCUAUUUUGGGCGAGAAAAACUGUGUUAA